AUGGAGGCGGUGCGUCGUUGGGCAGCGAGCAAGAAAAAGGUGCGAUGGUACUGGCAGAACCCCAAGAAGCGAGGCAAGCCUGGUGAGGCCGGCUUCUGGGAGGAGUACGACAAGAGCACCACGGCAGAGCUCGAGGAAGCCUAUCAGGCGUGCCUCGGCACCCUCAGCGUCCGCCUCAUGACGCCCGCGAUCGAAAUGUUUGAUGUAGACCUGCGUCGGAUGGAGCAGACGUCACAAGAGAAUCCCAAUACUGUGCUCAAGGUCCGCCGAGACGGACCCGAGAUCAAGGCCAAGCCCGCCGAAAAGGAGAAACCCGUCAAGUCACCGCGCAAACCGACCAAGCCCAGCGACACCAAGGGCCACACCGACCUCCGCCACAGCGAAGCGCCGCUGGUGUCGGCUGGUACCGGAGAGGAAGAAGAAGAAGAGUGCGAUGAGGAGGCGUCGCUCACCAGAAGAAAAGGGAAGGAAAAGGCGCCGACGGCGACGAGCAAGACCGCCACCGCGAGGAAGAAGACGAUCGUGGUGGAAAACGAAGACAACGAAGGCGAUGAAGCAGCCGGGGAGGCGGUGAAGCCGCACGCGUGCGCGUUCCCCGAGUGGACGCAGCGGGACCUGGACGAGGAGCUCUUCUUCUACCCCGACGACAUCGCCUACACGGAUCCGGACGGCCAGUUGAUGCUUGUCCCGGAGCAAGCGAAUAAGUUUUCGUCGUGGAUGCGACUCUCGUCGUUCAUCGCCCAGCCCAAGAUGCUCAUUGGCGAGGGGUUGAGUCCGUACGCCGUGACACAGAGCAACAUUCUGGGCGACUGCGCGUUCCUUGCCACCCUUGCCACCGGCGCCAAUCACAAACUCAAGUUCGGCAAGGACAUCCUCGGUCCCUCUGUGCAUCCCCAAAACGAGAAGGGCCUGCCUGUCUACAACCCCUCGGGCAAAUACGCCUUCCGCUUCUUCUGGAAUGGCGCGCUGCGUAAGGUGGUGGUCGACGACUUCUUCCCGCUCGACAUGGACGGCCGGCCGCUGUGCACCUUCUCCACCAACAAGUCGGAGGUGUUUGCGAGCCUGAUCGAGAAGGCCUACAUGAAGGUGAAGGGCGGGGCCUACAUCCACGGCACGCACGCGGCUAGCGACAUGCAGAUCCUCUUCGGAUUCGUCCCCGAGGCGGUGUCCCUCAGCGACCUCGUGGCCAACUCGAGGAAGAUCGACCAUCUCUGGACCAAGCUUGAGAAAGGGUUUAGUGAGGGCAAGUGCCUGGUGGUGUUUGCCACGGGCGGGCUGGCCGAGUCGGACCUGGACCCCGCCAUCCCUUCCUUCUACCGGACCUCCCACCCCACCGGACUCCUGCCGUUCCACGCGUAUGCGUGUCUGGACGUCCGAUGCACGCGCGACGGCCAACGGCUGGUCAAGCUCAAGAACCCGUGGGCCGCCCACCGCUGGCGCGGCAAGUGGUCGGAGCACGACGCGGAGAGCUGGACCGAGGAGGUGCAGCAAGACCUGGACUUUGAUCUCUCCGCGCAGCACUACUUUGACAACGGCGUAUUCUGGAUCGGCUGGGAGGACCUGCUCGAGUACUACUCGGAGCUGCACAUAGGGUGGGACCCGGAGGCGUGCUACGCGGACCAGCGGAUCGCGCACGCCGUCAUCCCGGCCCUGCCGCGGCUUACCGAGAAGGCCGCCACCCUGAUCGACUCGCCCUUUCACGACUCGCGCCUGCACCAGCUGGACGGUCUGGUGGUGACGUCAAUGAAGGUGGACCUGUACAUCGACCCGCGGUCCUACGUCCACUCGCCGCAGUAUGUGCUGACCGUCGCACCACCACCGCACCGCACGUCGGUGCAUCUGGUGCUCACCCGCCACCACACCGGCGCCACGCACCACGUCACCUCGCGCAAGGGCUCCGUCGACUCGUACAAGACCGACGAUUACAUGACGCUGCACAUCUUUGAAAACGGCGGCAAGAGAAUCAACGAUAUCUACGACGGCAGGAAUGUGAUGGUGCACGAGGGCCGCUUCGUGACGGGCGACAACUACUUCGUCCAGCUCGACCUCGAACCCGGGCCGAAGCCGCGCACGUUCACCGUGCUCGUGUGCCACAAGGAGGCCCACUCCACGUUCCCCUUCUCCCUGCGCCUCUUCGCCCCGCCCGGCACCGAGGUCGACCGCUUCGCCCUCCUCCCCAAGGACCACUGGGCGCACGAGCAGCAAAUCCAGGGCUCGUGGGAUCCCCACAAGAAGGUGGAGGGCACAGAUGUUCACGAAACGACGGUGGGCGGGCCAUUCGGCCUGGACACGUACCUGCUCAACCCGAUGUACCUCGUCUCCUUCCGCCCUUCCCACAGUGCCGCCCACGUCCACUUCCAGACCACUCUCAGCGCCUACGACAGCGCGAGUGGAGGCGAGGUGAAUGUCAACCUGGCACUGCUGCGGGCGGCCAAAGACAAACCGACCGACCGUAGCCAUUACCUCAACAAACAGCCCCCGAUCACCACUACCGGGCCGUACCGACCGGACUACUGCGCGCUGACGCACACUCUGUCGAUGAAGGAGAGCGGCGGCGACGUGGUCGUGGUCCUAUCGACCCAGCCCGGCUGCGCGGCCUCGUUCACGCUGACCGUGCAGGCCAACGACUCCGCCGAGGGCAUCACCAUCACCCCAAUCCCCAGUCUGGGCGAGGGCAUGGCCGUGACCGCGUUCGAGGGCGUGUGGCACCCCGACGACGCCGGCCGCCAGGGCGGACCGCUCGACAACCCGCGGCUCGAGUUCAAGACGACCGACAAGACGCACCUCUACGCCUACGUCACCACGGCGAUGGGUGGCGGCGACGACGGAGAGGAGGCGUUCGCGAUGAUGGAGCGGCGAGGUGGGCGUUUGGGCCCGGUGGCCGUGCGACUCUGCCUCUACCACCACAAGAAGAAGAAGACCUUGCCGAGCGGUCCGUUCUCGGACAAUCGGCUGCGGGUGCUGACGCCGACGAAGCCGCUCAAGGCGGGCGAGCACCUGUCGAUCGUGGCCGUCACCGCCGAGCCGCCGCCUCACCCGAUCGCCUUCACCAUCCUCCUCUUCACCACUGCGCCCCUCGCCUCCGCCUAG